AUGGCAACCCGAUGGGGAAUCUGCGGAGCAGGGAAGAUCAGCCAUGACUUCAGCGUGGCCAUGAAGACUCUGCCUCAUGGAGAUCACCAGAUAGUAGCCACUGCGGCGAGGAAUCUGGAGCGUGCACAGGAAUUCGCCAAAAAGCACAGUAUUCCUAAAGCUUACGGCAGCUACGAGGAGCUGGCCAACGACCCAGACAUUGACGUUGUGUACCUGGGAGUGCUGCACACGGAGCACUGGCGUGUGGGCCUGCUGUUCCUCAGGGCGGGGAAGAACGUGCUGUGUGAAAAACCCUUUGCCAUGAACUCAAGGCAGGUGACAGAUCUAGUCAGCGCCUCCAAGAGAAGUAACGUCUUCCUGAUGGAGGCCAUCUGGUCUCGCUGCUUCCCUGUGCAUGCCGAGGUGCGCAGGCUGCUUGCAGAGGAGGCGGUAGGGGAGGUUAAAUUGGUGAAGGCCUACUUUGGCUCCCCUCAGCUCCACAUUCCCCGCUCAGUUAAAAAGGAGCUGGGCGGUGGCGCCCUGCUGGAUAUCGGUGUUUACUGCCUGCAGUUUGUGCUGAUGGUGUUCAAUGGAGAGAGGCCAGAGUCCAUCCAGGCCACUGGGGUUCUGCUUGAUUCAGGAGUGGAUGAGUCCAUGGUGGUGGUGAUGAAGUUCUCCAGAAACAGAAUGGCCUUCUGUACCUUUUCCAUUGCUGUUGCGCUGCCAAAUGAUGCCACCAUCAGUGGUAGUAAGGGUAGCAUCAGGGUACUUGGCCCCAUGCACUGCCCCACCACACUGGUGGUGAACGAAAAGGAGAUGCAGUACCCUCUGCCUGAACCCUGCUUGCCUCUGAAUUUCACCAACAGCACUGGGCUUCGCUAUGAGGCAGAGGAAGUGAGGCAGUGCCUUCUUAAAGGACUCAAGGAGAGCCCACGGAUGCCUCUGGCAGAGUCUGUCUUGCUGACAGAGAUCAUGGAUGAAGCCAGGAAACAGGUGGGCGUCGUCUUUAACCAGGACAGCCAAUGA